ACUUAAGUGUGUAUCUGUGAAUAUGUGUGUGUUGAUAACCUGCAAGUUUCUCUCUCUGUGAAUCAGUCUGUCUCUGGUUGUCGAGCAGGUCAUUAGGACUCACGCCGCGUUACAGUAUGACAUUGCUGGGGUUUGUGAUGCUGCUAUGCAUCCUGGGAGCUCAAGCCACCGUGGAUCUGAGAAAUGCUGCUGCUAUGGCCGCAGGCUUGUGUAGCACCAAGCCCACUGAUGUAGUGUUCAUCAUCGACAGCUCUCGAAGCGUCCGCCCCUCUGAAUUCGAGCAGGUCAAAGUCUUCAUGACCAAAGUAAUUGACGGUUUGACCAUUGGGCCUGAUGCUACUCGUGUGGGCGUCGUAAACUACGCCAGUCGGGUGAAGAACGAGGUCUCUCUGAAGUCCCACAAAACCAAGGCAGCGCUGGUCAAAGCAGUGUCCAAGAUCGAGCCACUAUCCACCGGUACCAUGACCGGACUCGCCAUCCAGUUUGCCAUGAACGUGGCCUUCACUGAAGCCGAGGGAGCGCGCAAAUCCCCUGGCAUCAGCAAGGUGGCCAUUAUUGUGACUGACGGCAGACCACAGGACAACAUCCGUGACAUUGCAGCAAGGGCGCGGGAGGCCGGCAUUGAGAUAUUCGCCAUCGGAGUGGGUCGCGUGGACAUGACCACGCUCAGACAGAUGGCCAGUGAGCCUCUCGAGGACCACGUGGACUACGUGGAGAGCUACAGCCUCAUUGAGAAGCUCACCAAGAAGUUCCAGGAGGCCUUCUGUGCGGUUGUGUCGGACCUAUGCGCGACAGGCGAUCAUGACUGUGAGCACAUUUGCAUCAGCACACCCGGAUCUUUCAAGUGUGCCUGCAGAGAGGGAUUUACGCUCCAGGGCGACGGCCGAUCAUGCAGCGCUUGCAGUAACGCAGCGACAGAUGUGGUCUUUGUGAUCGACGGCUCAAAGAGUGUGAGACCAGAGAACUUCGAGCUGGUCAAGAAAUGGAUCAACCAGAUCAUCGACAAACUGGACGUGUCCGAGACAAACACUCAUGUGGGACUGGUGCAGUAUUCCAGCACUGUGAAGCAGGAGUUCCCUCUGGGACGCUACAACAACAAAAAGGCCCUGAAAGAUGCAGUGAAAAAGAUGGACUACAUGGAGAGGGGAACCAUGACUGGCCAUGCCAUCAGUUUCAUGGUGGAUAACAGUUUCAGUCCUAACCAGGGCGCCAGACCCGGGGUGGAAAAGGUCGGCAUUGUCUUCACCGAUGGCAGGUCACAAGACUACAUCGGAGAUGCUGCCAGGAAGGCCAAGGAAAAUGGCUUUAAGAUGUAUGCUGUGGGUGUUGGCAAUGCUGUUGAGGAUGAGCUGAGAGAAAUCGCCUCUGAACCUGUCGCUGACCAUUACUUCUACACGGCUGACUUCAAAACCAUGAACCAAAUUGCCAAGAAGCUGCAAAUCAAUGUUUGUCAAGAGGAAGAUCCCUGUGAAUGUAAUUCUGUUGUCAAGUUCCAGAAAAAAGUGGAGGAGGCACUACAGGCAUUAACAAAGAAAUUGGAAGCUGUGACGAAAAGGAUCGCUGCCCUGGAGAACAAGAUUGUUUGAGAAGUCACCAACAUCUAAUUCUCACACUGCCAUUCCUUCCUUUUCUUGUAAAAAACACCUCCUGUGACCUCUGACCCUAAUGCUUCAGUUCCUCCACUCCAUUUCUAUCUGCUACUCUACCUUCAUCACUAUUGUCCAUGGGGAUGGAGCACUGACUGUGAUGGUGACCAUGGUUUACCUGACCACGCUUGCUCUGAAUUAGGUGUUGAUUUUCAAACAGCCAUCCCCCCUAACAAAACCCUGUGUGCGCUGAGUAAAAAUCUUCCCAUAUGAUCUGAGAAGAUCUUCACAUACAACCUGGACAAUAAAGUCUUCCCUGUGGGGAGGUGGUGUGUACAUUAAAUCCAGUGAAGGUUUCAUUCUGUCUUUGCUUCUCUUUAUUCUACCUUCUCAAAGUCAUUCUUCCAGAUUUUGCCCCGAAAAUAUUAUUUUAUAUGGAGUAUAUAUAUAAUGGUAAUUUAAUAUAAGAUUGGACUUGAAACAAAUGUGUGAAUGCUUGAUCAUGAAUGCUUUUCUCAAAUAAAAGCACACACACAAAAGCAGACACAGCACACACACGUAACACAGGCAAACAUUCACUGGCUCGGCAAGUGCUAAACAUACCGCUUGUGAUGAUUCAAUAAAAUCCAGUUUUGUG